AUGACAGCAAUAAGAGCAAAAGAAAAGAAAAAGAAAAGGUCACAAGAAGUAACACCUCGUAGUGACCCGACUCCACAACCUCGUCAUGCAAAACCAUUGGGUGCAAAUGCAAGGAAUGCAAGUGGAGUUGUGACUGAUGGAGAAAGUGAAGGUGGAGGAGAUGGAGUUGGAGAUGGGACUGCUUUAGGUAGUCAAGAUGUAGUUGGUGGAGGAAGUGAAGUUGGAGUUGGUGGAGGAAGUGGGGUUGAAGUUGUCGUUACUGGAGGAACUGAAGUUGGAGUUGGUGGAGGAACUGAGGUUGGAGUUGCUGUUACUGGAGGAACUGAAGUUGAAGUUGGUAGAGGAAGUGAAGGUGUACUUGUUGUUACUGGAGGAACUGAAGUUGACACUUCAAGUGGCUCUGCUAUUUAUAAAGGUAAAUCCGUAGUUGAGGAGGAAAAUAAAGAAGGAAAGAAGAAGUAUCCACCAAAAUAA